CUAGAGUCUAGCUAGCUAGCCGGUAGCCACCGAUCUUUUGCACCACUCUGUCAACAAACAAAAAGGAUCCACUUGACCAUGAGCUCUUCUUCUCCCCCAUCCACCUUGUUGCUGGUGGCUGGCACUGCGAUCACAGCGUCGUUGGCCACAUUGGCUCUUCAGCGACUGUAUCAGGAACGAACGAGUUCGUCUAGUAGUAGUACUAACAAGAAGAAUCGCCGUGCCCCCAAACGAUGUGCCGGUGCCAUCAAGCUACAGAAAGACCAAUUCGACCGCUACACGCAACUGCACGAUCAUGUGUGGGAAGAAGUCUUGGAUCGAAUGUACGAUUCCAACAUUCGCAAUUUCACCAUUUACUAUCACGAAGAAACGUCUACCAUGUUUCAUCAUUUUGAUUGGAUUGGUGGAAUGGAUUUAGCGGUAGAAGAUGCCGCUGAAAUCGAACGACGCUUCCAAGACGAUAUGAACGCCGUGGCGGCGGACGAAGCCACGCGGGAAUGGUGGGGAUAUUGCGAACCUUGUCAAGAACCCUUUCGUCAAUGGCCGGCCGGUCUGAAACCUCACAGCCAACAACCAAAAUCAGUUCCACCCAAAGGAGAUUGGUGGGCGCCCUUGGUCUGCCUCAAUCAUUGUGGAUAUUGGCCGGUCGAGUAUUCCGAUCAAAAACGAGAUCCUCAUUUUGUUCCUCAAAAUCCAGAAAAAGAAACGUCCAGUCGCAGCAAUCCACCAGAGGACUCGAUUUAGUCUGGCAGUCAAGAAAACAUGAUACGACAAGGGGCACAUACCGCUCUGGGUCAAUCAAUGCUUGGACCGAUCUCUACAGGCGGAAUACAACUGUUCGGCUAUUCCCAACGCUGAGUCGGUCAACAGCAAAUGAUCUAGCUAGAUUACCGCCAAGAACUUUAAAACUCAGUUUUC